AGCUCGCUUCAGAAUGCGUUCUAUUACCUUGCACGGCACGCUAGUGAGGCUUAUAGGCCCAUAGCUGCCGGGCGAUAUUCGGUCGCCAGUUUUGUAGAUGGGCGUGACAAUCGCUUCCUUCCAAGCAGAGGGAAGGUGGCCUUCGUCAAGCGACCGACGAAACAACAGGUGUGGAUGAUUGGACAGUGUGGAGGACGUUUCCUUCAGGAACCUUGGAUAGACCUCGUCAGGCUCCAACGCGCAGAAUGGGUUGAUCUUGUGCCAGAGUUGAUGAAUGUCUUCCACCGUGAAGACCAAGUCGGUUGGAGGCUCGCGGUAUACUGCUUCAUCGGUAAGCAGAUAAGCCUCUGGGCAAACAUAAUGCGACCUCACCUGUUCACGUAUUUCCUGCUCUUUGGGCUUAGUCUUGCCCAUGAACCUCGAGAAUUUACUGCGGACCAGUUCGAUACCCAAGUGAAGCAGAAAGAGUACACUUUGGUUAUGUUCUAUGCUCCAUGGUGUGGCCACUGUAAACGACUCAAACCAGAUUACGAAGCAGCUGCUAAAGUUUUACACGCCUCCAAGGAGAAUGUGCAACUCGCUCGCGUGGAUUGCACCACACAAGAGAGUCUGUGCACCAAAUUCGGAGUGGGUGGCUAUCCUACACUCAAGUUUUUCAAGAACGGUGAUCUUGUUAGUGACUAUUCAGGCUCCAGAGAUAAAGAUGGCCUUAUUCGGUUCAUGAACCAGCGAUCACAACCAGCUUCAAAGAGCAUAUUAUCUCCCGACAAACUGAAGGAAUUGUUGGACAGCGAAGCAGCACUCAACCAACCUGUUGUAAUAACUUAUGCGAAGUCGGAGACAGACGCUUGGCUCAAAACAUUUACUGAUCUAGCGGGUGAAAUGUUGGAUGACGUCAUUUUUGGGCAUGUGUUCGACCCUUCCCUUGCAGACUUGAGCGACUCCAACCGUGUACGUUUACUUAGACCAAAGAACUUACAUACGAAAAUGGAGGAAUCAGCUGUUUCUUACGAUGGGGAUCUUUCUGCUUCUGAACUAAAGAACUGGAUCAUGAAGCAUGGCUUUGGUUUCGUAGGUUACCGCUCACGAGAAAAUACAAAGUUCUUUCCUCAAGAUAACUUGCUUGUUUUGUAUAACAACAUUUCUAUUGCGCAACAUCCAAAAGGAGUGAACUAUUACAGAAACCGCCUGAUCAAACUUGCCAAGACGCUGGAAGACACACCACCGAAGCUCACCUAUGCUUAUUCUUACUCCGCAGACUUCUCCCAUGAACUGGCUGAUCUAGGACACGAAUCAGCCGAAGAAUUUCCUUUUGUUGCAAUCUUCUCAGCCGGUAAGAAAUACAAAUUGGGCAAAUACGAGCCGGGCGCUUUCGUCGAGUUUGUGACUAAAUUCAAGUCAGGAGCCCUUACACCAUACCUAAAGUCGGAACCCAUCCCCACAAAACAAGACGGCCCGGCCAUCAAAGCCGUCGCACUUAAUUUCGAUGAAGUGGUGAACAACCCUCAAAAGGAUGUGUUCAUUAUGUUCCAUGCUCCAUGGUGCGGUCACUGCAAGCAGCUGAUGCCGAAGUUCGAAAGCCUGGCGACGACUCUUAAAAACGAGCCCACCUUGAGCUUGGUGGUCUAUGAUGCCACUGCGAACGACGUUCCAAGUCCGUUCACAGUCACAGGUUUUCCGACUCUAUACUUUGUUCCAAAGAACGCCAAGAAUAAUCCUAAGUCCUACGAGGGCAAUCGUGAGGAAGAAGACUUGCUGAAGUACCUCGCCAAAGAAAGCACCGAUGGGCUUGUUGGUUAUGACAGGCAAGGAAUGCCGAAGAGAGAAGAGUUG